AUGAAGUUUGGUAAAACAUACGAUCAAACUAUCAGAUCAGGUCCUAAGCAAUGGACUCAAUCUGCGAUAGGUUACAAAGCGCUGAAAAAGCUCAUCAGACUCCUUUCAGAAGAACUUCAAGCAUCGGGUCUCACUAGAUCCGUUCUUACCACUUUACUCGAUUCCUCGGAUCUUGCCGCCAUCAAUGACCCUGAUCAAGCUCGGACCACUUUACCAUUUCAGAUUCACUCACUGGUCAUCUCAACAAACAAAACCACAUCUUCAACAUUUCACCCUGUCUGUCUUCAAAUUGGCACUCGUAAGGCUCAAUGGGUCAAUGUCUUGAAAGCUUCUUAUGAGCUAGACGUCCCUUCCGAUGAUCAACAUUCGUUGGUAGCGCUCAUUAGACUUACGAUUGAACCAAUCGAGGAAUCGUCCCCAAUUGAAUCUAUCAACAAGACACAAUCAAUCCAAGAAGAAGUGGCGAUUUCAAGUAAUAAGCAAACCUCAAAAGAAACUCAACUUUUGAUUCCACUUGAACACGAUGGAAGGUUUUUCAAAGAAUUACAAUCAGCUUUAAUCUUAAUUGAAAGCUUUUAUAAAUCUGAACAUGAAUCUUUAUCGAAACAUUUACAAACUUUUUAUCAUAAACUUUCAAAAACCGUCAACUCUUCAACCAGAACUGGAAUUCGUACACUUUAUCAAUGGAGACCUAUAAUUUCAUUAUAUUAUCAACUCCAAAUUUUUAAUCAUUGUCAAGGUAUUGAAGAAAGAUGGGAAAAGUUUAUUGAAAGUGGAAUAAGGGAAAAAGCUGAUCAAGAUCUUGAGAUUUUUAUUGAUUUGAAUCAUAGAUUGAUCGAGUUGAAGAAGUACUCUGAAAUGAAUUCCGAAGCGAUUAGGAAACUACUAAAGAAACAUUCAAAACGGACUUCUUUACCAAAUGUGACUCAAUUUUUCAAUUUAUCAUCUCAAGUAGGAGGCAACGAUCAGGAUAUGAUUAGAGUCUUAAGUGAAAGACUUGUAGAAGUGGUACCGAUCUUAGAAAACUAUGAGUGUCCUAUUUGUAGAGAAAUUGCUUAUAAGCCUGUGAAGAUGAAUUGCGGUCAUAGGUUCUGUGUAAGAUGUUUAGUAAAAUUGCAGAAGAGUUCUGAGGAUCGAUGCCCGGUAUGUAGGCAAUGUGUUGUUUUGGAUACCACACCUCGUGCCUUGGAACUUCAAACAAAAGUUUACAUGGAACGUUGGUUUCCCAAAGAAAUCAAACUAAAAACUAAAGAUGAUGCAAGAGAACUUGCAAUCGAAGAAUUAAAUGAACUUGGAUUACCGGUUUUGAGGAGUGGCUGUUUGAUUAGUUGA